CCACCAUUGAAAACAUUCCUUUCCUUCGAGAUCUCUACUGGAGUUGUGGUACCAAAGGUUCAAUAAAUACCUACUACCCCCCCUGCUUUUUCUCGACUCCUUAUAUCGUCGCCUCCUCCCCCUCCACGACGAAUAUACGCACAAACACAUCCGUCUUUCCGGACGCACACACACAUACACACACAAAAUGGCUACGAACGGUGACUCGCGGCCCGCGCCGGGCGACCGCACCGUCAUUGGUAUCACCUUUGGCAACUCCAACAGCUCCAUCGCAUACACCAAGGAUGACAAGGCCGAGGUUAUGGCCAACGAGGACGGAGACCGUCAAAUUCCCACCAUCCUCUCCUACGUUGACGGAGACGAGUACUACGGACAGCAGGCCAAGGCUUUCCUCAUCAGAAACCCCACCAACACGAUCGCAUACUUCAAGGACUUCCUCGGACAGGACUUCAAGUCCAUCGACCCCACCCACAACCACGCCUCUGCCCACCCCCAGGACGUGAACGGCACCGUCUCCUUCUCAGUGAAGGACAAGGAGGACGCCGAGGAGCCCUCCACCGUCUCCGUCCACGAGACCGCCGUGCGCUACAUCCGCCGCCUCGUCGGCUCCGCCAGCGACUACCUGGGCCAGAAGGUCACCUCGGCCGUCAUCACCGUCCCCACCAACUUCACCGAGAAGCAGAGGGAGGCUCUCGUCGCCGCCGCCAAGGAGGCCGGCCUCGAGGUCCUCCAGGUCAUCUCCGACCCCAUCGCCGCCGUCCUCGCCUACGACGCCCGCCCCGAGGCCGUCAUCGAGGACAAAAUUGUCGUCGUCGCCGACCUGGGCGGCACCCGCUCCGACGUGGCCGUCGUCGCCUCCCGCGGCGGCAUGUACACCGUCCUCGCCACCGCCCACGACUACGAGUUCUCCGGCUCCCACCUCGACCAGGUCCUCAUCGACUACUUCGCCAAGGAGUUCAUCAAGAAGCACACCACCGACCCCCGCGAGAACGCCCGCUCCCUCGCCAAGCUCAAGGCCGAGUCCGAGUCCACCAAGCGCGCCCUCUCCCUCAGCAACAACGCCAGCUUCAGCGUCGAGUCCCUCGCCGACGGCGUCGACUUCCAGUCCACCAUCAACAGGUUACGCUACGAGAUGGUCGCCCGCAAGGUCUUUGACGGCUUCAACCGCCUCGUCGAGGGAGUCGUCAAGAAGGCCGAGCUCGACGUCCUCGACAUUGACGAGGUCAUCGUCGCCGGCGGCACCGCCCACACCCCGCGCAUCGCCUCCAACUUCUCCCAGCUCUUCCCCGAGUCCACAAAGGUCAUCGCCCCCUCCACCGUCGCCAACGCCAUCAACCCCUCCGAGCUCCUCGCUCGCGGCGCCGCCCUCCAGGCCUCCCUGAUCCAGGAGUACGACGCCGAGGACAUUGACCAGAGCACCCACGCCGCCGUCACCACCGUCAAGCACAUCGCCAACGCCAUCGGCGUCGUCGGCGCAAACGACGAGUUCGUCCCCGUCGUCCCCGCCGAGACCGCCGUCCCCGCCCGCCGCACCGUCAAGAUCGCCGCCCCCAAGGACGGAGGCGACGUCCUCGUCCGCAUCGUCGAGGGCGGCGCCCACAUCAAGGUCACCAAGCCCGAGCCCAAGGCUGCCAAGCCCGAGGCCGACGACGAGGACGACUCUGACUUCUCCGACGAGGAGGAGGAGGACAUCCGCGAAAAGGUCUGGAAGGUCGGUCCCACCCUCGCCGAGGCCGCCGUCCGCGGCGUCAGCAAGGGCGCCAAGGUCGAGGUCACCAUCAACGUCGCCGCCGACUUGGGCGUCACGAUCACGGCGAGAGAGGUCGGCGGCAAGGGCGGUGUCCGCGGCACCAUCAGCGCUCCUUGAAGUGGGUUAUCGUCCCUAUAUCUGAAAAGAGACCAGUAACGACUUUUGCCUGUGAGGAAGAAAAGACACACGCCAUUGAAAUGCAAAGAAAACAAAACGGCGAGGCGUAAAAAGAGAGUGAUUAGGGAUCAGGGGGUAAAUAAAAGACGAGCCUUUUGUUUUCCGAAAACCUAUCUGUCCCCCCUUUUUUAUAUAGACAUCAAUCUUAGGCGGCGGAGGAGUGCAAAUGGAAGGGAUGAAUCAAUGCUCAUGAACACCCGGAAUAUAGAGAG